GAGGGACUGGCACUAGUAACAGCAAAACAUGGAAAAAGCGCUCGAACUUUGAAAAUGUUCAAUCUCUUUGMCCAAAAAUGACUUGAUUUACAAAUAAUCGAUUGAAUACUAAAGGAAAAGGAUGUCUCGAAGUAAUUCCAACUCAAGGAGCUACCGCUCUGGUCGUUCACGUGGAGAAKAUAGUAUUUUAUCAAGCGAUAACGAUACAGARUUGAACAACACUUCUUUGGAUGUGGAUUCUUCUUCGACCUUUCUUAUGUCAUCUGCUUUGUCAACGACAAACGUUGAAAGUGACUCAGAAAAUCGAGUUACAAAAGCUAUGAUAGAAAAGAAACAACUUCUGCAUGAUAUAGAAUUACUACGAAUUGAAUUAAGUCAAAAAAACCUGAUGAUUGAUAAUUUGAAAGUUGAGCAUAUGAACAYGGUUGAUGAGCUCGAAGAAAAAGUCUCUGAAAAUCGACACGGGAAGCUGAUUUUGCAAGCAAGACUUGAAUCACAGCUUAAACUACAGCAAGAAGAAUCUCAAUCAAGGCUAGAUAGGAUGAGACAAGAAUUGAAUAGUAUCAUGAACAGACAACAACAACUUGAGGAGGAAAAUGAACGAUUACAAGGCAGAGCUGGGGACUUGAGACAAGAUUUAGUUGAUGUUCAGAUUUUAACUGAAGAACAAUACUUAGAACUCAAGACUGCAAAUCCUGACCAAAUGAGCUUAAAAGACUUUGUAUCAGUCAAGAUCUAUSAGGCAGCCCAUCCAUACAAGGUUGAAGUAGAAAGUCUUCUUCAGCAAGUUGACUUGUUGACAAGGCAGCUUUUAAGUAAAGAAGAAGAUGCAGCUUUGUACCAAAAGCAAGCAGAAGAAGAGAGAUUUUCACGCUCUGAGUUGGAGUACAGAGCACAGAGGCUGGCUUUACAAGUUGAAGAUCUAAAGUCCAAGCUACAACAYGGAGACUACAAGAAAUCAAAUUUUGACAAUGUUAGAGGUGAGAGAGAUUCUUUGGACAGAGAGGUUAUGGAGUUGAAAAAGUCCAAUACAGUGCUAGAAGCUAGUCUCAAGGCUAAGGUGGAUGAGCUGCAAGAGUAUCAGAAAGAGAUGCAGACUACAAAACAGUCACUUGCCCUUCUGAAACAAGACAAAGAGUAUCUGAACAAACAAGUCCAGGAGCUGAGUACCCGAAGUAGCUUGGCUGAAGAACAUUUACAGCAAGUAACCAAGCAGCUGAAUACUACCAAACAGGCCAGGGAAGAGCUGUAUGAAAAGUAUAUCAGCACCAGAGAGCAAUACAAAUCUGAAUAUGAAAUGAAACUAAAAGAAGAACUGGACAACAUUGGGCUCAAAACAAACUCAGAAUUGGAUAAAAUCAGGAAUGAUACAAAAGAUAUGUAUGAACGAGAGAACAAGAGUCUCAGAGAAGCUAGAGACAAUGCUCUACAUGAGAAGGAACGGGCAAGAAACGCAGAGAAAGAAGUCACAUCAAAAUAUGACCAGCUAUUAUCAGAGUUCCGUCAGCUGCAGGUUAGCUCUGACAGUAAGCAUUCUGAGUUACAGAAUGAACUGAAACUCAAGCAGUUUGAGAUAGACAGAUUACAGAUUCUCUAUGAUGAGACAUCACAGAGUUUUAAGCAACUAAAACUGGAUUAUGAGAAAUGCAGCAAAAAGAAUGAGGUUCUGAUUCAGGAGUUUUAUUCCUUGCAACACAAGACUGACAAGCACAUUUCAUCCCUUGAGUCUGAAACUAAAGAAAAGACAGAAAAACUCAAGUUGUAUGAAAACAUGGAGCAGGAACUUGAUGAUGUUAUCAUGCAAUCUGCAGAAAUUGAGAGUGAAGUUGAUGCAGAAAGGUUCCUAUGUUCCUAUGGAUACGGUGCUAAUGUUCCAAGCACAGCAAAAAGACGGAUGCAACAAAGUGUCCAUCUUGCAAGGAGAGUACUUCAGUUAGAAAGAGCCAACACUUCACUAAGAAAUGAGAUGGAAAGAGAGAAAGCAAAACGAGACAAACUUGAAGAAGAGCUUACUGGUGCGACAAGUCUGUUGAAUGAGGCCAAGCAGCCUUACAAGUACUUGAUAGAAAGCAUGCAAACACGAGAUAGUGAGAACCAAUCACUUAAAGAACAAUUGUCUGGAUUGAAGGAGGAGCUAAAAAAACUCAAGCAACAGAAGGAAGAGUUGAUWAAGACAAAAAACUUAAUGACUGCUGAUUUAGAGAGGCUACUCAACCAGAGAGAGGAAAUUUCCCUUUUGAAGCAAACACUGCUUGGCUUAGAACCAUCAUCAAAGCAACAUGAUAUCCAUCAUAGAACUCAGCAAAGAGGCAAAGCUGCUAAGAUGUCAGAUGUCAAUAUUGUCACACCCAAACCUACAGUUUUUACAAAGUCUGAUCCACCAAACUGGUACAGAAAGCUGAAGCAAAAACUGGGAGACUCACAAGACGAAGAAUCUCUCUGAGGAUUUGAUUUGGUUCAAAAAAUUGUAACAGCCAUGGUUGGUGUGCACUGUAUCACGGAUUACUGAAAAAGCAUUACAAACAAUGCAACACAGGGAUCUUUAUCCUUCACUCUCAAGCAGGUAGCAAGAAUUGACUACCAGGGUACAUGUACAGUGUGGCUGUUGCCAUGUCAACACAUACCAACAACAACAACUUGUAACUAUAGCAACAGCAGARUGAUAUACAAUAACAACCAAGAGAUUGGGUACACAUUUAUUAUGAAAUAAGAGAAGUGUUACAAAAAUGUUUUCUAUAACUGAGAAACUACUUUWUACACAAAUUUAUGCUUAUAAUCAUGUUUUCUUAAACUUACAAUAAGGAGCCAAGUUAAUGUAAAUAGAGCUAUACAUUUCUUGCAUGUGAUGUCUUUAUCUGGGACACAAAACAAGAUUUUUCUCUGCUGAGAUCAAGAGUCUUGUCUUGUCCCCCAGGUGAKGCUAUAUUCCUAUGAAAUUUGCAGGUCUAUUUUCUCAAAUGUAAAAUAUUUCAGAUAAAAUUAAUGUAGAUAAAUCAUUCACAUUACUUCAUUGACAUACGUUGUAAAUACAAUUAAUUCACUUUUCUAUGCAUCACUGACACUGUUAUUAUUAUCAAUAAUACUCUAGUACUUUUUAUUAAUAGUAUUAAGGUACUUGUUUUAUUAUUCUAUACUGAAAAUGGCAGCCUAGUUAUAAUCCUUACUAUAUUGUAAAACUAGCAUUUUCAUCCUGUGACUAGCUACAACGAGUUUUAAGUCAACAUUGUCCAUUUAUUAUCCAUACUCCUGAAAUAGGAAAUUAUAAAAAUAUAUCAGUUUACAAAGAGUGUUGUUGUAAAAUASGUCAUUAUUAAACAAUAUUAAUACCUA